AUGGAAUUAAUGUCGAAUUAUUUAGAAAGUUAUGAAGGUAGAGAUAAAUUAUUAAGAGUAUUAUCUUACGCAGCAAAAUUAGCAACAGUGAUCCCGCGAUCUGAGGAAAAUAAAAAAAAGUUUAAAAUAUUUGGAAGCCAGAUGAGUAAUUGCCGAGUUAUCCUUCGGCUACUUGAUGACAUUCCUACACUCAAUUAUGCUUUGACAUAUAAUUGGACGAACAAAGCAGCUGAUUCAUACAUCAAAUGGCUGGAGAUGAUAGAAAUUAUAGUGGAUGUAAUUUACUCUCCUAUCGAGACCCUCUGCUGGGCUGGAGAACAUCGGUUGGUUAGUGUAGACGUUGACAAAUGGGAUACUCUGUCCACGUGGUUCUGGAUCACCUCUCUGUAUAUUUCUUUGAUGAAGUCCUUGCGAAAAUAUAAACUCCUAUUGAAGCAAAGAAAGAUGAGUUUGAAGAACAAAUCUGGUAAUAAAGACGAGGAGAAAGCUUUAAGGCAUAAAAUGUACAAUGAAACAUUAGUUUGUAUACGUAUGCUGCUAGACAUGAGUUAUGCAGUGAGUUAUCUUCCUAAUGGUACUCUCUGGGGCGGCAAACUGUCUACUUGGCAAGUUGGAGUACUUGGAACUGUAUCAUCACUCAUAGGACUCUAUCAAUCACUUAUAAAACGUGCCAAUUAA